UUUCAACCUCAAGAAAAAACAACAAUCAUGACAAAACAAUGUCAAGCUCUCUUUCUACUCCUCUCCGUCUCCUACCUCUUCUCCUCAGACCUCACGGCUGCCACCGUCACCGCGGCCGGAACUUCUACAAAAGCACUAAACUUCAUUCAAUCUUCUUGCAAAGUUACAACGUACCAAUCCCUGUGCGUGGACACGCUCUCGGUCUACGCAAAUACGAUCCAAACAAGCCCUCGACGCCUCGUGGAUGCAGCUAUCGCCGUGAGUCUGAAACAAGCGCUGUCCACGAAGCUCUUCAUCUCACACCUGAGGAAGAGCCAGUUCCAAACCCUUGCAGACUGCCGACCAACAACCGAAACAUACACUACAGAUGCGCAGUGUUCUGUCGAAGAACUCCAAGAGGUGGUGAAUUCCCGUUCGCGGAUCCGGUAAAGAUGUCAGUCCGGGGCGGAGUCUCGGAUGCGGUAAGAAAGUCACUUCAUACCCAGUUCGCUAAGUUGCACCAUGAAAUAAACAAUGUCAAGAUGUUGUUCAUAGCUUUUGCUAAGAAUUAGUAAGAAUUGACUUCUUUUGUUGUAUGGUAUUCAUGUAGUAUCAGUCCAAAAUGAAUAAAAGAGUUUCGAAAU